AUGGCGUCGCUCUUCUCUCCGUUCCGAAACACAUUUCGAUACCUCCAAUAUGCGGCACACGAGCACCCGGUUGUAUUCUACUCGAUCGUGAUCGGCUCGGUCGGCCCUGUGGCUGUGGUGGCUGUGCCGCCUAUCCGCAAGGCGUACGGCUGGAAGCCCGCAGAGAAGGUCCCCACGUCCUACCCGCUGCCUGCGCGUCAACGUCAAGAGAUCAACGCCUACGACGACGAGUAA